CAUGUGUGUAGUGUGUGGUGUGGCUGGGCAGGUCUUCAUCAGUGUAUGGGCUGAUGUUGUAGCGACGAAAAGGAAGAAUUCGAUCAAUUAAAACAAACGUUUCGGAUCGAACUGAUCGACGAAUCAGGCGGCAUCAUGGGCAAAGUGCAGGGAGGGAUGAAAUGCGUGAAAUAUCUGCUGUUCGUCUUCAACUUCAUCUUCUGGCUGUCGGGCUUGUUGGUGCUGKCGGUGGGACUGUGGCUGAGGUUUGACCCGAGCACAGUGGAGCUCCUGACAGGCGAUGGAGCCCCCGACACCUUCUUCAUAGCUGUGUGUCUCUCUGCAGCUGUGUACAUCCUGCUCGGUGCAGGAGGGUUGAUGAUGGUCGUGGGGUUCUUCGGGUGUUUCGGGGCAGUGUGGGAGUCUCAGUGUCUUCUCGCAUCGUUCUUUGCUUGCCUUCUGAUAAUCUUUGGAGCUGAGAUCACCGCCGGUGUGUUUGGAUUCAUGAACAAAGAGCAGAUUACUGAAGAAGUCCAAAAAUUUUAUAACAACUYGGCUGAUGACGACAGUGUAAACGGCACCCUGAUAGCAACACUUUACCACAAAACUCUGAACUGUUGUGGAGGUCCCACUUCAGAUACAGUUAAAAAGAUGUGUGAAGAGUUUYCAGAAGACACCCAGGACUGUUUCACUGCAAUACAUGACUUCUUUGAGGAAAAGCUGCAUAUCAUUGGAUAUAUAGGGAUUGGUAUUGCUGGAGUUAUGAUCCUUGGAAUGAUCUUCAGUAUGGUCUUGUGCUGCGCCAUCAGGAACACCAGGGAGGUCAUAUAGACGGUACACCGUCUCCUCACCUCCACCCAGCAACAACCAAACCCCGACACACUCGCAGCCCUCCAGAAUCAAUAUCUAUUAUUUUGCGAAGGGCAAUGCCAGAGUUACAUUUCAAUGGCAUUCUUAAUCGACCAGACGGAUUAGGUGGGGACCACAUUUGACAUCAUACGCUGGAUCGGCAUCUUCACAUCUUCCUCUCGACUCCACCAGCACUGAAACUAUAAUUUAUCCCUGUUUUGUUUUUUUCCCCCAUUACUUAAGCUCUGCUUUUAACAUAACCCUGUGACAUUCCUGGCUUUUAAUAUGCUGCAGCUGCUGUGCAGAGGCUGAAAUGCUGCAGUGUGAAACCAACACGGAGCAGAAAGCCGUCUCUGACAKGAAUGUGGUGAAGGAGGAGCACUGCUGUAAAUACGGACAAUUAUUUUAGGCCUUAGCCGUUAACGCGUUCGUUAGUUUUCCUGCUCUUUUUGGUCGGAUUCUUGCACUUUUCUUUGUGUGCUUAAGUGUUUUGAAGACUAGCCUACCUUUGCAGAGUGGAUUAUGUGCCUACUUGACCUUUUGUAGUCAAACUACUACUGAAUAAUUUGACUAUUUCUCAUAAAUCGAACACACGCAUAACGAGUGUGCUUUGCUUCUUGCCUCCACACUCGACAUGUUUUUUUUUUUUACUGUAAAGCACAAGAGAAUAGGUGUAGACAGGAAGCUAACCCAAAGGGUAUGACGGUCUGAUGAUAAACUGCCCCUUUUGUAAAUUUCCAAAUUUGUCUGAAACGUCAGCGCUGCACUGAGUUUUAUCUCCAGCAUGUUUAAACAGUAACAGUGAGUUAGUUUGCAUUUUGUGUGAAUUAUUGUGGAUGUAAAUUUUGUUGGUGUGCCAAUAAGGUGUAAAAUAUAGAAUAAUAUAGUUUCUGUCAUACUGUUAACAACAAUAAAUAAAUCCGGGUGCUUUUAUCA